AUGGAAAAUUUUUUAAAAAAUUAUUUUUUGACGUCGUCAAGUUUUCGAGUUUUUUGCUCAAUUUAAUUACUAAAAAUUGCUGAAAAAAAACCAUCUUUUAUGUAUUAUUAUUUUCGAUUCUAGCGAUUCUUGUUGACGAACCUUCAGUCAGUGCUUCACAAGCAGUUUAAUAUUCAAAGGAAUUCUCUAUUCAUUCAAAAUUUCAGCGACGAGAUUUUCCCAUAAUUUAUUCCUAUCCACGUGAUUGAAAAAAUGGGUGGUAACGACUAUGUUGAGCUGACAAUUUCCAAGUCCUGUGUCCCCAUGAACCCGAACCAGAGACUUGUAUCGUUGAAAAAACUACGCAUCGCACUCGUUUGCAGAUUAGCCGAUCAUUAUAUAUAUCUUGGUAAACCGACUUCUUAUCAUAUAGCACAAAUAGAAGCAGCUACGACACAUCGAGAAACCGUUAAAAUGUUUUUGAGCCCUUCAACGUAUACAGUUCCUUGGUACUGGGAACCACACGCACUUUUCGUCAACACAAUGAUAAUGCUGGCAGGGUUCGACCCGGAUCAUCUUCUCAUCGUCGAAUUCAUCAACACAGACGAUCCUAAAGUGAAGAAAACAAUGACAUUGUAUUCGUCCAAAAAUCGCGAAUUCCUCGAGAACAUACCGUCAGAUUUCGACGAGUUUUGUGAUAAGCUUGCGGAAAUUUGUACAGAAACUGCUUCGAGUCAGCCCCAACCAAAUGAACCGUCGCCUAUGGUUGCCCUUUUCAACUAUUCUGCUUCCAAUCAUAAAGUGUUGAAUUUAAUUGAAGAAGGUACCGAUGUCAAAUCAGCGUUGAUGAGUCUUUUACGCGAACUCGAGGUCAUCAAAGAUAACAAAUUAUGUAAAGUGCAGGUGUUUGAUCCUUAUAAGAUAUUUCCAAACUACGAAUUCCGCCGACGUCACAUCGUAUAUCGUAAACUAGUUACCGAUUUUGAGCAAGAAUUAGAAAAUUUUCCAGUGACUAUUGCUGAAAGCGAAAAAUGUUCUAAUAUUAUUAAUCAAACUGUCGCAUUUGAUAAUGAUUUUCGUGAGAUUGUGAAACAAUUUGCUACCAAGUAUUUACCGAAAUUGGAUGAAAAUGAUCCUAGGGUGAUUCAUUUGUCACGCUUCAGAUAAAUGAACUUUCUUACAAUGUAAAACUUGUUGUAUGGUGGUGGUAGCUGCAGUUACGAGCAUUUUAAUUUUAAAAAAGUGUAAAUAUACUAUGUUUCUUUGUUAGGUACUUAGGUACUCGUAUAAGUUGUUGUUGGAUUAAAAUAUUGUGUAAUA